AUGGAAUCUGUUGCUGGACGUGUGUCUCUCUCAACAAGAUCAACGGAUGGUUUGAAGGAUAGAAGUGGUUCCGGCUCUUGCUGGACGUGUGUCUCUCUCAAGAUCGUACAAGGGAUGGGAUGGAUCGAAGGACUCCACAAAGAACAAUGGAUCGGGGAGUAUGUGGAUGUAUACAAUGGAUGGAUUGUAACUUGGGGAUGUGGAUGCUACCGUAUUGAGUGGAUGAGGAGAUGCAGGCGCAGUGUGAUUGUCCAUAAGGAAGGUGUGGACAACAUCUAUGUGGAUAGGUGGAGGUGGUUGCGUAGAGGUGGUGGUUAUGGGGAAGACGGUGGUGGAAAACGUGAAAGUGUAUACUGUGGAGGUGGUGGUGGUGGUGGUGGUGGAGGAGUAGAAGGUGGCAACCGGUGUGGUGGUGGUGGAAGAGGAGGAGGAGGUGGCAGUUGCGGUGGAGUUGGUGGUGCAUACCGCAGCAGAGGAGGUUGUGGUUAUGGAGAAGGUGGUGGUUAUGGGGAAGGCGGUGGUGGAAGACGUGAAAUUGGAUACCAUGGAGGUGGUUGCGGUGGAGGUCGUGGUAGAGGUAGUGGUGGACACUGUAGUAGAGGAGGUGGUGGUUAUGGAGAAGGUGGUGGUGGAAGACGUGAGUGUGGAUACAAGAGGUAG